CUUGAGGUCUACUUGCUGCCGCCGCCCGCCUGCGAUCGGGUAGCUGAUGUGACGCUCGCGGCCCACUUGGCCCAGGCUCCUUCUGAUGGUUGGACGCUGCCCAUUUAUCUGCAAAGAUGGUAAUAAACCUUUGCCUCCCGCAGUACAAACCAAGAAUUCACUGCAACAAGAUCUCAGCAGAUGGCUAUGAAGUAGAAAAUCUCAUCUCUGAAGACCUUGCAAAGAGAAACCGUGGCUUCCGCACUGAGUAUUUCAUUAAACCACCAGUCCAUGUGACUGUGUCCUUUCCCUUUAAUGUGGAACUCAGCAAGGUUAAUGUGGACCUCUCCUCAGGGGGAAUCCAAAAUAUCGUUGGCCUGGAAGUGUUCACGUCUACCUCAUCAGGUAAAACCUAUUGGAGCACCGUGGAGUCUGAGCCCACAGUCUUGGAGCCGACUAAUCCUGAAAAAGAGACUUUCACCUUGGUGGGGAGAGUCUUGUUAAAAAAUCAGGGGCGAGCAUCAUUCGCCCACAGGGGCUUCAAGGUCAGGCCACCUUUCCAUCUUUUGGAAGCUAACCUCUCCCAUUUUGGAACUGUAACUCACGACCUCUGGAGUAAAGGUCCCUUCUCUCUUGGUCAUGUAUCCAAUUUAAAGAUCUGUAUCACCCAUAUUGCUGGCAGUGGGAUCACUUGCAUUAAGAAGGUGGAAGUCUGGGGCCAACCAGCCAAAAGCUGCUCCCAAGAGGUCAUAGAUAGCAUCAUGCAGUUAGCCUCCCAGAGUGUUCCUCGAGGCGUGAAUUCCUCCCGCCCCAACCCAGCAUUGCCAAUGGAGAAUGACUGUGAGCCCUGUGGCCAUGCCCAGAGCCAGCAGCCACCAGGACUUCAGGAACUGACAGAUGUGAUCCAGGAUGUGCCGGAGGAAUUCCUGGAUCCAAUCACUCUGGAGAUCAUGCCCUUCCCCAUGUUGCUCCCCUCUGGCAAGGUCAUUGACCAGAGCACUCUGGAGAAAUGUAACAGGAGUGAAGCUGUUUGGGGCCGAGUCCCCAGUGACCCCUUUACAGGGGUGGCCUUCAGCCAGCACUCCCAGCCACUGCCCCAUACUUCUCUGAAGGCCAGGAUAGACUAUUUCCUGCUCCAGCACACUGUUCCUGGCUGCAACCUUCUUGGAAGAGCCCAGCCUCCUGGGGUGCCAGUUCCCUCUUCCAUUGCCGUGGCUUCUCGCAAGAGAAAGGGGGAGUUCAUGGAGCAGUUACCAAAUGUCAGCCCUCGUGUUGAGCCACCUUCCUAUUUUUUUACCACAGACCCACGAUUCACUACCUCGGAGCACAACACUAAGAAAAUGAAACUCAACGGUGAGCCGAGUCUGACAAACAUGGAUUGCUCAGCAGCAGGUACCAUUCCCCACGAGCAGAGGUUAUCAGAAAGCUUGGAUGUCGCCUUGACUUCGGCCCUCAGCACUCUGCCAUCCUUCACAGGCCGCCUGACCAAGGCUCAGCCUUCGCUCCUCAGUUCAGGGAGCGCCGGCAGCAGCUCCUGGAGUUCAAGCAUUGACUCUGGUAAUGUAAGCCCCACCCAUUUCCUGCCCAGUCCCUCCUCCUGGAACCUCCUGAGCCCCUGACUGAGGCCUUCUCUGCCGAGCCUCUACCUCUGAGCCUGGAAACUUGAGAGGACACUUGUCACUGUGUCUCCUAAGCAAAUUUAGGGACACUCUCUAAAGCAGCUUGGAUCUUCAGAGAAAGGUCUCUUCACUGCUCUGAGUCGCCCUCUCUCUUUAGAACUUGGGGCUGUAUGUAUAUUGAUUUAAGCCGUGUCUGACAGCUUGACCAGUCAGGUCUGAUAGCAUCCUGCUAGGUUCUGGCAAAUUUUGCUCCUGCUGGCAAGUUGUCAGGCUGUCUCCCUGAAUCUUUGACCUCUUUGCGUGAGUCUUAGAUAUCUGCAAAUAGAAAAGGUCUGUGAGAUUUAGGGGGAGAGCUCAGUUUCCAAGCAGGAGACUGUGGCAGAAGUUGGCCUGUAGAACUGGGCUUCCCCCGGGGCUGCUUUGUUGGGCCUUGGUGUAGAAGGCUCCUCCCUAACUGUUGCCUGAGCCUUGGAGCCUCAUAUUGCUGGCUCCUUCUUCUACCCUUGGUGUUCCUGUGGCCAUGGACACAUUUCUUAGCCUGUGUGCUUCACUUUGUUUGAACGAAAAAUUAGGUCACAAAACUUUUUGGACCCUGGAAAUUCUGAUUUUUUGUAGAUGAAAGCUCAGUGCUGUCUUAGCUGUCCAUGUGUGGAAGGGGAGACAUCUCCCUUUUACUCUGCCUUCCUCACAUGCUGCACAUUCCUGAAGUCAUUGACAUGGUCCAUGGUGAAGCUAUGGGGCAUUUGAGAAAUGAGGGCAGAUCUGAUUGUGCUAGUUCAUAGGGACGCUACCACGUGUUUUAAGAAAAAAAAACCCAAAUGCUAAACCAUUGUGGCUAGAGGAGCGAAAACCAGGGGGAGUGUGAUUGUGGCCUUCAUGCAUUUGCAGGACUAGUAUAAGGAAGACAGAUUAGAUUGGCUCUGUUUGGCCCCAGAAAUCUGACCUAGGAGCAAGAGGAAAAACUUCAGGGAGGCAGCUUUUACUCUGUAAGAAAGAGCUUUCCAGGUAUAGCUGCCCAGUCUAUGAAUGAGCUGUCUUGUUAAGUAACAUUGGAGAUACCCAGGCAGAGAUUGCAUUGCCUCUUGUUGGGAAUGAAGUAGAGGGACUUCCUUUAGUGGGUGGAGGGAAGACCUCUGAGGUCUCUUAGAGUUCUAAGAUUAUAUGAGUUUCUGAUGCCAAGUCUUAAAGUAGGAAUGUCACCUGAAGGCAGUUUCUAGAACCAGUUCAUCCCUGUGGAUAGGGAAAUGCAGUGAGUGAUAAAGUUAGGUAGGCUUUGCAGUAAGGCUCCAGGGGACUGCAAGGAUAAUGACCUUAAUCUCUCAUCUGAAAGAAAAAUAAGUAUUUUUUCCUAAAAAGAGGCCUUUUAGUAGCUUUGCCAAAUGUCUAAGACAUUACACCUGUGGUUUGUGUGUGAAGUGCUCACAGAGGUUCCCAUGGCUGAACAUUUCCUUUGGCAUUUUGUUGACACUACUGAUUUGCUUAGGAAUCAUGUUUUCAUCCUACAAAGAAAACUUUGAUGUUUUUUCAAAUAAAUGUAUAUCUCUGUUUUAUUUAUUUUUAUUUUCAGUUCCAUAUUCU